ACUAAACCCAGGACCCUGCAUUCACUAUUUCUGGUCUCCCCGGACCCUGCAUUCACUAUAUCUGGUCUCCCCGGACCCUGCAUUCACUAUAUCUGGUCUCCCAGGACCCUGCAUUCACUAUAUCUGGUCUCCCAGGACCCUGCAUUCACUAUAUCUGCUCUCCACGGACCCUGCAUUCACUAUAUCUGGUCUCCCCGGACCCUGCAUUUACUAUAUCUGGUCUCCCCAGACCCUGCAGUCACUAUAUCUGGUCUCCCAGGACCCUGCAUUCACUAUAUCUGGUCUCCCCAGACCCUGCAGUCACUAUAUCUGGUCUCCCCGGACCCUGCAUUUACUAUAUCCGGUCUCCCAGGACCCUGCAUUCACUAUAUCUGGUCUCCCACAGACCCUGCAUUCACUAUAUCUGGUCUCCCACAGUAUACAGCAAAU